AUGGCAACUUGUCCACCAUGUGAGGAAAUACUAUUACUUACAUUUUUAAUAUAAUAAAUACAACAAUGUAAAGACACAACUACAAUAAGAAAUAUCUCCCUGAGAUACCGUUUACAUGUAAAUCGGCCGAAUCAAGUUAGAAGAAAAAGCGAAACGGAACGCGGCCAUCGGGCCCAACCGCCAGAAUGAAGCUGCCAAAAAUAACGGAGACACCAGAAUUUCCGGUGUGAAUAAAACGUUUUAAACCAAGUAGUAUAGAGUUAUUGCGCAUACGAAUCAGCUAUGUAAAAGAAGCAUCUACUGAUAUAUUCGGAAACAUUCAGUUAGUUGUGUACAUAUUGAUAAUGUUAGAAUACAUAAAGGACAUUUCCGCUUUUAAUUUGAAAGGAACACUCACGUUCACACCAGCCAGUGACGCUUGGCAACAAUUCCCGCCGCCAUAACGUUGAACAAGCGUAGACGUGAUUGUGCGCUGCGUCGGACGACACGAAGGAAAUAGCGGUAACUAAACGCCACGUGCGGACAGGGGUUGCUAUGACGCUGCGCUAGCUGGGACAGAAGGUUCCCCAACAAGCCCCCGUGGUGAUGCUGUGACGAAGGAACCAAUAAGCAUCUAAACGACACCGGUUGGAACUGCAAGCAUGCCCGCCUCCGCCUGGAGCAGACUGUCUCCGUGGAUAGAGAGCCUGAUCCUCGGCUAUGGCGAGCAGCGGGAGGAGAGCCACGGCGGGCAGCUGAAGGCCAGGGUCAUCGAGGUGGGCGAUAUAUCAAAGUCCCAGGACGUUGGCUCCGAGGGCCCCGCGGGGCUCCUCUUCCUGUCGGACGGGCUGCUCCAGAUCCCUGCCAUUCUCACAAAGUCGGCCUGGGAACACCUCCAGCAGGAGGAGGACCGCGAAUGUUUCACCAGCCUGGUCAACACCACGGUCUGCGUCCAUGACUACCAGCUGCAGUUCCACAUGGCCUCGGAGAAGACCAAAUGCAGAUUCGUCUUAUCGAUCAGAGAGCUGGCCACGACUGCGACGGGGCCGGUUAAAGGGAGCGCCCUCUGCAGCACGGCGCUGCCGUCCAUCAGGAGGAAGAUCUGUGUGACGCGCAAGGCCCUGCUGGGUCAGGAGACGCAGGACUCCCAAUAUGGGUUCGACCUGUCGGAACUGCUGGGAGAGUGGCAGCAGGACUGCUUGGAGGCCGUGCUGGAGGACGUCAGGGAGAGGCUGGCGGCAGCGAGCCCGCAGCCCUCCACGUCCACGUCCACCUGGGACCAGUUGGCGACCCACACGGACACAACCUGGGGCGUCGACAGGGUCAAAUAUAAGGGAGUGGAGGGCUUCAAAGUCCCCAUGAAGUGUCUUCUCAUCUCUGCGGAAAACGCCCUGCAGAAUCAAACGCCCCUGAAUGUCCGAGGCGGUACGGCUGGUGAACUGUUUGCCCCCCGUGAGGACCGAGAGGGCUCCGUGCCGCCACCUUCAGAGUCCACGUCCCCUUCCAUUGACGACGCAGAGUGGAGAGUAGCCAACGGCGAGGAGGAGAACGCCAUGGCAGACGUGAAGGAUUUAUCCAACCCCUGGGAUGCUUUCCCUCCGCCAUGGGAAACCUCGUCAUCCUCUGAUGCGUCUCCCAGGAGAUUGGUGGACCCCGCCGCCGCCGCCGCCGCCGCCCCCGGAUUCAGGUCCGACCACCCUGUGAUCCCCGCGUUUAGCCCCAAGGAAUCCCAGCAGGCAUCCGAGCCCAGCAACCUCCCGCCGUACCAGAAACUCCAGCAAUCGUCCGCUUCUCCUUGCGCGAGUCCGCCGGAAUACCUCACUGGACUGUCGGAGGCGGCCCCUGCCGCAGACCAAGGCCGCACGGACUCGCCGCCGCCGCCGCCACCUCCGGCUUCGGACCAAGUGGAGGAGACCGUUGAGAGGGAAUAUGGAAAGGCGAAGAGGAAGAGGAGUGAGCCGACCACUUGGGUGGAGGAGGGGGAAGCGCAGGUCAGCGGCAGCUCUCCGUCCUGGCUCUUUGACACCCAGGCCGGCUGCAGGGCCCACGAGGGCAGCAGUCCCUGGAAGCCGCCGCGGACGCCUGCAAGAACGGUGCCGCGGUCCACAGCGACGGCCCGCCGGUUCUCUUACUCCUACCUGCCGUCGGGACAGAAUCUGCAUGAUUUCAGUCGGUUCAAAGUGGCGGAGUCCUUUCUGCGAUGGGCAGUGAGAUAUCUCGUCGUCCCGAAGCAGACGGGCGACCCAGCAGCCGCCGACCAAGCGUUGUCGGACGAGCCGGCGGUCACCUCGCUUUAGGCUGGAAAAAGCGCAUCCGUCAUCGCUUCAGUCGCCGCUCUCAGCCUUGUUGGACGAUACGGUCUCUUUCUGACAUCGUGUUCGCUCAUGUUAAUGUUCUUGCGAGGCGAUGUCCAUGGUACGUCCGAGGCACAACGUCGAAAGUCUGGUUUGCAAAAAGGAUGGUACGUGUUAAUAAAAUAAGCAAAAAUGUCA